ACGGAUAGGCAAAUAACGUUUGCUAGUUGGAUUUGACCACACUAGACGGAUAAUUGUUUUUCCUGUGGAUAUUCUGUUUCGCUAGCUUUAAAAGGUGCAGGAAGGCUCGGCUGAUGGACAGUGAAGUUCAGAGGGAUGGCAGAGUCCUGGAUCUGACUGAUGAUGCCUGGAGGGAAGAUCGGCUGCCCUACGAAGAUGUGACGAUUCCUUUGAGUGAACUUCCAGAAGCCGAGCAGGAUAAUGGAGGAUCCACCGAGUCUGUUAAAGAGCAAGAGAUGAAGUGGUCUGACUUGGCUCUGCAAAGUUUACAUGAAAAUACUCCCAGUACUGGGACAUAAAUGAUUAGGUGUAAUUUUAUAUUAUUAGGUUGGAUGGACGUUGCUGAGUUGGUUUGUGUGUCUCACUGUUCGUUUAUUUUGUGUUUCAAAUUAAACUUGGGUAUGUAAAUAUCAA